AGGACUGCGCCUGCGCGAGGCUUCGGAGGCGGGGCCCGGAGGGUUGGGUUACGGGGCCGGAAAAGCUGGCGCUGGAAUUAGAACGGGAGUGGCCGUUGCGGCUCUGGCUGCCGGGGCGGUGGGUGUCUGACCUCGACCCGAGGCGGCUGUGAGGUACAUUGUUUUUCUGACAAGAACUGACCAUGUGAGAAUGAAAGGAAGCUAUCUGUGUAGACCGCUAUCUGUGGAACCUUCGAAGACGAUAAAAUCAUCUUCAAUUCUGUAGUAAGCUCCCUUAUUCCCUCUGUAGGAUCCAAUUUUUAGUGAACAUCUAUUAGGUUAUCUACUCAUAAACCCUCCUGAAAGGGCAGCGCCUGUGGACCAAGCUAUGGUGGAAGAUGUUCCGGAAAGGCAAAAAGCGCCACAGCAGCAGCAGCUCCCAGAGUAGUGAGAUCAGUACUAAGAGCAAGUCUGUAGAUUCCAGCCUUGGGGGCCUUUCACGGUCCAGCACCGUUGCAAGCCUCGAUACGGAUUCUACCAAGAGUUCAGGGCAAAGCAACAAUAAUUCAGACACCUGUGCAGAAUUUCGAAUAAAAUAUGUUGGUGCCAUCGAGAAACUGAAACUCUCUGAGGGAAAAAGUCUCGAAGGGCCACUAGACCUGAUAAAUUACAUAGAUGUUGCUCAGCAAGAUGGAAAGUUGCCUUUCGUUCCUCUGGAGGAAGAAUUUAUUAUGGGAGUUUCCAAGUAUGGUAUAAAAGUAUCCACAUCAGAUCAGUAUGACGUCUUGCACAGGCACGCUCUGUACUUAAUCAUCCGGAUGGUGUGUUACGACGACGGUCUGGGGGCAGGCAAAAGCUUACUGGCUCUGAAGACCACAGAUGCAAGCAACGAGGAAUACAGCCUGUGGGUUUAUCAGUGCAGCAGCCUGGAACAAGCACAAGCAAUCUGCAAAGUUUUAUCCACUGCUUUUGACUCUGUACUGACAUCUGAGAAACCGUGAAACCUGCAAUCAAGGGGAAGCUGACUUCAUGCGAAAGUUCAGCUGUUUUCUAAAUAGUCCUGUUUUCAGUCUGCAGUGUUGAACUACUAAAGGAAUAUGAGUGAUCCUCUGCUCUAGGUUUUCUGAAGAAAAUGCAAUGAAUAAAAUAUCAGUCAUUUGUUUUUCUAUUAAAAUGUGUCUAACAGU